GGAGCCCAUUCAGGAUAUGUGAAGCUGUUAACAAAUUAGCUUUCCUUUGCCAUCAUGCUUACAGUUGCAGUGGACUGCUAUAGAGUCAAAACCAUUUGUCUUAAAUGAAUCAAUGUUAACAGCGAGGCUGGGGUAUGUUUUGUUCCUCUUAUGUCAUGGCAACAUUGCUGCAAAUAUUUCUUUCCUUAAAGUCAGCUGUCUUCAAAAUAGCUCAGGUGAGUGGUGUGACCUGAAGCUCUGCAGUACUGCAGCAUGCUAUCCCAAGUUUGCCUUUCUGCCUUCCAGGGUAGAUAGAAAUGUAAGCAGGUGUGAUUGUCAGAUUAAAUGGAUAUACACAAACUCAAAAAUAACAAUAAAAAAUGGGACAAGUAGUCUAAAGGUAGUGAUACAGCUGUUGUUUUGAAGUGCUUGGCUGUUGCCUGUGAGGGGUAAUUUGAAGGGAUGAAGAAGGGACCAGGUGUAUUCAGUGAGUCUUGAAGUUGUUUCUCCAGAGGGAACUGUGUCCAAUAAGGAGCUGCUUUUUGCAGUUUCAUAAUGAAGACCAAGAUCAGCUUUUCAGUGUGAGGAUGGUGUUUAACUGCAGGGAUAUCCGAACACACGCACACAGAAGGUAAAGGGGUUCUGUGGGAGGCAGUCGUGUGAACUUAAAGGAUAAAGGAAAAAGCAUAGAGGAAAAAAAAUAAAAGGGACAUUUCUGUUGGUAAAUACUCAAGGGGAAAAGCAGUGUCUGUUGUUGAUCAUUGCUUCACCUAAAAUAUAAUAAAAAUGAUUCCAAAGUUACAGCAUGCUGUUGUCAUUGUGGUGAUGGACAGUAAAGGUACCUGUGUGGUUAAUGAGGUUGGAGACAGAGGGGUCUUGUGCUUGGAGAACAGUUUUUCUUUAACCAUGUGUUAAACACAGGGGUGUUUCUAGUUCUGUUGCUUUGGUGCCCAGAGAAACAGCCCAAAGUAUGCAAAGCUUUUAGUCAGGUGAGUGAGAAAGGUUUGGGUUUGGUCUUCUAAGAAAUUAAUGGUUAAUGACUCUCUGACGGAUGUUCCUUUUAAUCCCCGUGGCAGCAUGUUCUGCAUUUCCUCUCAUGCUCACUCAGUCUGUGUGAGAGCCUUGCAUCCACCUCCCCUGCUGCAGAACCAGGUACGGGUGGGGAUAUACUGCGUGUCGUCCAAAAGAAGAAGAAAAGCAGGAACAUCACUUGCAACGGGCUAUCUCAGCACAACAAGUUUUCAGAGAAAAGAAAGAGAGCAUGGUUAUCCCAGUUCCUGAAGCAGAGAGCAAUGUGAACUAUUACAAUCGUUUGUAUAAAGGAGAAUUUAAGCAACCAAAGCAGUUCAUUCACAUUCAACCCUUUAAUCUGGACAAUGAACAGCCAGAUUAUGAUAUGGACUCUGAGGAUGAAACCUUAUUGAACAGACUAAAUCGGAAGAUGGAAAUCAAGCCACUGCAGUUUGAAAUAAUGAUUGACAGACUUGAAAAAGCCAGUUCUAGUCAGCUCGUUACACUUCAGGAAGCUAAAUUGCUGCUAAAUGAGGAUGACUACCUUAUUAAGGCUGUAUAUGACUACUGGGUAAGAAAGCGUAAGAAUUGCAGAGGGCCGUCUCUCAUCCCCCAAAUCAAACAGGAAAAGAGGGAUGGCUCCACCAACAACGACCCUUAUGUUGCCUUUCGGAGGAGAACUGAGAAGAUGCAGACAAGAAAGAAUCGAAAGAAUGAUGAAGCGUCUUAUGAGAAGAUGUUGAAAUUAAGAAGAGAGUUUAGCAGAGCCAUAACGAUUCUGGAGAUGAUUAAGAGGAGAGAGAAGACAAAACGCGAGUUAUUGCAUUUAACAUUGGAAGUUGUAGAGAAAAGAUACCAUUUGGGUGAUUAUGGAGGUGAAAUUCUCAAUGAAGUGAAGCUUAACAGACCUGAAAAAGAGAUGAGCACAACCGCAUCCACUCUUCAUAAUGGAAAUCAUCACAAAGUUCCAGAAUGUAAAAUUAAGCAUCCUCAUCAUUCAUCUCUAAAGGAGGAGAUAUCAGAUGUUGUACGUCAGAAGAAGAAGUAUCUGAAGAAACCGAAAAUGGAGUGUGUGGUAACUGCUCAACAGCCCUCUGCUGAGCCCUUGCCUGUUAUCAACAAGAGUGAUAUCAAGCAGUAUGACUUCCACAGCUCAGAUGAAGAUGAGUUCCCGCAGGUACCCUCACCGGUAUCAGAAGCAGAAGAGGAAAAUGAUCCUGAUGGACCUUGUGCUUUCAGGAGAAGAGCAGGAUGCCAGUAUUAUGCUCCUCGUUUGGACCAAACUAAUUCUUCAUAUGAAAAUUCAGAAUUGGCAGAAUUGGACAAACUGAGGUUCAGGCAUUGCCUUACAACCCUUACAAUUCCAAGAAGGUGUAUAGGAUUUGCAAGAAGACGAGUUGGCAGGGGUGGAAGGGUUAUAAUGGACCGAAUAUCCACAGAACAUGAUCCUGUCUUGAGACAGAUUGACCCGGAAAUGCUGAAUAGUUUUUCAAGCUCUUCCCAGACUUUAGACUUUUCUUCUAAUUUUUCACGGACCAAUGCUUCCAAUAAACGUUGUGAAAACAGACUGUCCCUUUCUGAAAUACUAAGCAAUAUCAGAUCAUGUCGACUGCAGUGUUUUCAGCCAAGGCUACUAAAUCUACAGGACAGCGAUAGUGAAGAAUGUACCUCAAGGAAACCAGGGCAGACUGUGAAUAAUAAAAGAGUUUCUGCAGCAUCUGUAGCUUUAUUGAACACCAGCAAGAAUGGCAUAUCAGUAACAGGGGGUAUCACAGAAGAACAAUUUCAGACACAUCAACAGCAGUUAGUUCAAAUGCAGAGGCAACAACUUGCCCAGCUUCAACAGAAACAACAAUCUCAGCAUUCCUCGCAACAGACACAUCCAAAAGCACAGGGCUCCAGCAUCUCUGACUGUAUGUCAAAAACACUUGAUUCAGCCAGUGCCCACUUUGCUGCAUCCGCAGUGGUCAGUGCACCUGCUCCUGGUCGCAGUGAGGCAACGAAGGAGCAAACCCCCAGCCACAACAACAUUAAUGGUGUUGUCCAGCCUUCAGGAACCUCUAGAACGUUGUACUCCACCAACAUGGCUUUAUCAUCCAGCCCAGGGAUUUCAGCUGUACAGCUUGUAAGGACAGUUGGCCACACCACCACAAACCACUUAAUUCCAGCGUUGUGCACGAGCAGUCCUCAAACACUUCCCAUGAACAAUUCUUGCCUGACGAACGCAGUGCACCUCAACAAUGUCAGUGUUGUUUCUCCAGUCAAUGUGCAUAUUAAUACAAGGACUUCAGCACCAUCGCCAACAGCCUUAAAACUUGCCACAGUUGCUGCCAGUAUGGACAGAGUGCCAAAGGUAACUCCUAGCAGUGCCAUCAGCAGUAUAGCAAGAGAGAACCAUGAACCAGAACGGCUGGGUUUAAAUGGCAUAGCAGAGACAACAGUAGCAAUGGAAGUGACAUAACCUCAAAUCAGUGUCUCAACCUGUGCUAACGGUGUAGUCAUUUAUAUUCCAACCGAAUGCAAAAUGCAGCGCUCUGUGGAUCACAGAGAACUAAAAUGGACCUAAAUGGACUAUCCUUAUAUCGUGUAUUAAGUCGAUAUAUAAUGUAAAUUUUGUAAAAUUGGGAAAAUCACUACCUUGUAAAAUAGUUUAUUUGUAUCAUCAAUAUUAUUUCUGUUACUUGAAUAGUAGAUAUUCAUCAUCAUGCUUUUGCACUUGAAUUUGCAACUGAAUGGAUUAAAAAAUAAUUCUUUAAUGGGAUCAUGAGCAUGAAAUGGGAUCCUGCAUCACUUGUUUUAACUAUUUAUUUUGCCAUGUUUACAUUUUGUAUCUUGUACAAAUAAAUCCAACUUUGUGUCUAAAAAAAAGUUAAAGAUUCAUAGCUAGGAGACAAAAUUCUUGUAAUUUUUUUCUAAAGGAAAUGUAAAGUUUUCACUUGGUUCAUUUUGUUUCACAAUUUGACUAGAUGGACUUUUUGGUAAAUACUUUAGUGGCAUUUCACUGUCAAAUAUGAAGUUCAAGGCAAAAUAGUAUUUUCUAUUACUGUGCAGGGGAAAGGGAUGGAUCGAUACAUGCAAAUUUAAUGUAGUAACUCACUUUUCCAUAUAUUUUGAAUGUAUAUUUCUAUUUAUAAUACCAGUUUAUAAAAAAUAAUUACACAGGAAAAAAACUGACUAGGAAAAUUAUGCAUCUAGCACACAUACAAUUGUGCAGAUAAGAGAAAAUUUUCAACCGAUUACAUUUUAUCCGAAGACUGCAUAUUUUAACCGGCUUUAAAACUGUAAUACACCACGUAAAGGAUAUUUUACCAGGUAUGUAUUGCAUUAUAUAUCAUUGCAAUAAUUAUUGGAUGUCUAGAUAUCGAGCCAUCCCAGGUGGUGGGGGGGAGGGAGGGUUGUGGCAAGAUCGUCUUUUCAAUUUUGGAGAGUUUUCCUGUGGCUACAAGGCAAGUAACGGGUUGGAAAAAGUCUGACUGUAAGCGUUGGACACCUUCGUAGUGUAGUGUUUUAGUGACUUUUUUUAUACGGUUCUUGUAAAUUAGAUACGUGUAGUGGUGUUUCAGAAUGUUUGUUUAUGCACUAGUUCAGACAACUUUCCCUGUUACUUGUUCUUGAUAAGUGAAAACUGCAGGGAAAUAAAAAUACAUAUCAAAACAUGGA